UUUCGAAACUAGAGAGAUAAUAAUUCACGAGUACAACGUCAAUUGCUUAGACGACAUUGGGAGUUUCAAAUGAUUUAAGAAAAAAAAAAAAAAACCCAGUCUAUUGAUCACACUAUAAAAGCAAAGUGGGAAUUAGAUUUGUCACACAACUCGCUAAAGUUUCAUGUGAAAAUUACUUCUAAAAUUUAAGAAUGGUACAAAUUACCCAACUUCUAAUCAUCGUUAUAUUACAACUAUUUCUCAUCAAUGGACAUCAUAUUUCACAAGUUUCCUUUCCAUUGGUGGGACUCUAUCAUUCAAUUGACUUAAGAUCACGAUCCGAUGACAAUCCUAUUCUACCAACCGGAAGUUGUCAAGAUUUCAAGAAAAAAGAUCUCACACUCUUUCUACCACGUGUAAAUAUUCACACACUCUAUCGAGGUAUCGUCAGCAGUUAUGAUGUCUCCUGUCUAAGUUUCCGUGACAAUCACAUUGAUCGCAUUGAAUCCGGAACAUUUAACACAAUUUCAAAUCUCAUCUAUUUGGAUUUAUCCAAAAAUCGUAUACCAAUUUGUGAUCUUCUCACAUUUAACAGUGACAAUUAUAAAUUACGAACAUUAAUUCUUGACGAGAAUCAAGUACCAAUUGAUGACUAUGGUCGUGAUAUUAUUCAUAGUGAUUGUUUUCCAAAUGUUGAUAGUUUAUAUUUAAGAAAAAAUUGGCUAAGAAGUUUACAAUUUUCCCUACGUCAUGCAUUUCCAACACUUCGUCAUUUAUAUCUAUCGGAUAAUUAUAUUGAAAAUGAAAAUUUUGUACGAAAUGUUCCAAAUUGUUUGACCUAUGUUUAUUUGGAGAGAAAUCGUAUUAAAAGUUUUGGUGGUGAAAUUAUGGAUAAUGUGGAAUUUCUCUUCUUGGAUGAUAAUAAAUUAAGAUCAAUUUGUCGUGGACAUUGUUUGGCAGACAGAGCACUUCGUCUUAAUAAUGCAAGACGAUUGAAAUUCCUCUCAUUGACACACAAUGAAAUUGUACGAAUUGAUUCAGAUGCAUUUGAUGAUGCCUGUGAUUUAAUGACAUUAAAUUUAGCAAACAAUCACAUUGAUAUAAUUAAAGCGGAAACAUUUUUAAAUCUUCGUAAUCUAAAGGAAUUGGAUUUAACUGGUAAUCGUUUGACAAAAGUGCCAAAUUUAAGUAGAAAUACACAAUUAUUAACCAUUUCAUUGGGAUACAAUCAAAUUGAAUUCAUUCAAACUGGAACAUUUAGAGAUUUAAGAUUAUUGAAGAAAAUUAUUUUAUCUAACAAUCGAAUAUGUCGAAUUGAAACCGAUUCGUUUAUUGAAUUACCACGUCUUGAGGAAUUGGAUCUUUCUUAUAAUAAUUUGGAACGUUUAAAUAGAUUUUGGUGGAGGCAGCAGGAUAGUUUGAAAAAUCUCGACGUUCGUGGAAAUCAUUUUACAAGUUUUGCUGAUUUAUGUCUCGAUAGUGCCUAUCAUUUAUCGGUUGUUUAUUUGCAAAAAAAUCCAAUGAUCAGCGUUAGUUGUAUGCAAAAUCUUUCACCUGAUAUUGUGAUACAUGUGAUUAGUGAAUGUAGGGCAAUGAAAGGAAGAUGCUAUGAACAAUGCAUAGCUGGGGAAAAUUUGAUAUGGUAGAAUAUUUUCUAAAUAUUUAUUGUACAUUGAAGAAAAUUUUUAAUUCUUAUCUGUAAUUCUUAAUUUUUUUGAUUAAUUUUUAGUUUAGAAUUUUAGGUCAAAAAUUAAUUAUACAGAAUUAAGUGAAAGUAUUUAAUAUACAGAAUAAAUAAUUACCAAAAUGUUAGAAUGAAAUUUUUGAUAUUUAGAAUUUGGUUUGUUGGUAAAAUCUGUAAUCUGUAUUGUUAUGAAAAAAAUUAUUGUAUUUACGAAUGUAAUUCAUCCGGCAUAAUUAAUUUUAGAUGUAAAUAGUAUUAAUUAAAAGAUUUGAGAAAUAUU